AUGUCCACUAUAUCUUCUCCCCGGCACUCUGUUGCCUCUUCUCGUGCCCAAUCUCCAGCUCCCCCCUCUUCGCGUCCGUCACUCGAUAUACUAAAUAACAAUCAUGGCGGUGGACUGAGCACCUCGUCGACUCCGUCCACGGCGCGGGCACUCUCACCUAACCCCAAUCCCCGACGGAACCGCUCUGCCCUCCGGGAUUACUACAACCUCAAGCCUCCAGGCUCAGAACCAGGUCCACAUGGCUCAACAAAUCGCUCACGCAGUGUUCCCCGCACAGACGCGGGGGACAUGUCUCAGCCGACGACGUUGGAGUCAGGGACGGAGCUGGACAGUGCCGAUUUCGACCCACAACGCUACGUGGACCAUUUGCUAUCUACCUCUUCGCUGCUGACUAUUCUCAAAGCCGAGAAUACUCUGGUGGGAGAUAUACGUACUCUGGACGGGGAGAGGAAAGCGCUUGUGUAUGACAAUUACUCUAAGUUGAUCAGGGCUGUUGAGACUAUUGGGAAGAUGCGUCGGAGUAUGGAUGAUCGGAGUGCUCCGUUGACUAUGACCAAGACUUUGGGCCCGGCAAUUGCCUUUGUCGCUGAGACUGCCGGUGGUCUGAUUAAGGAGGGGGAGGAGCUUCGGAAACAGAUCAAAGAAGCUAGAUCCGCCGAGCCAUCAAAUAAGAUGGCUGAGAAGGAGACUGUGAGGUGGGUGCUUGCGGCGCCGGAGAGGUUGGAGAAGCUCAUAUCUGAAAAUAAAAAGGAGGAUGCAGAAAAUGACUGGAAAGAGGUUCAACAUCUACUUGAUGCUUGGGGUCAGGUUAAGGGUGUCGAUGAAGUCCGACAGGCUUGUAAAAAAGUCAUGGAAAAGGCUCGUCAAGGAGAGGAAUGA